UGCUAACGGAAGUCAAAGUUUGAACGUUCGGCGCGUUUACUGCAGCAGUUUUGUUGUGAAUUUUGCAAGAAAACAGAAGAAUGGCCUCCCCUGCUACGUGCAUCACUGACGGUGCAUUCAAGACCCCUAAAAACAACCGGGUGAAGAGCGUUUCGAGCAUCGGAGGAACCCCGAUCACCAUCCCGGCCUCGCCUUUCAUGAAGAAGUUGGGCUGCGGCACCGGAGUCAACGUUUACCUGAUGGACAGAGUGGGAAAGUUGAACGCGUCUCCCUGGGCUGUGAAGAAGAUCAACAGCAGGUGUGCGAGCAAACAGGUGGCGGUUUACCAGAAGCGCCUGAACGAGGAGGCGAAGGUCCUGAAGGGAAUCGACCAUCCAAACAUCGUCGGUUUUCGUGCCUUCACCACUGCCAAAGAUGGAUCAAAGUGUCUGGCGAUGGAGUACGGAGGAGAGCAGUCCCUCAAUGACCUGAUAGAGAAGAGGAAAGAGGACGGCCUGAAGGCUUUUCCUGCUGCCAACAUUGAAAAAGUAGCGCUGCAUGUCGCUCGUGGCCUUCAGUAUCUCCACAAUGAGAAGAAGCUCCUGCACGGCGACAUGAAGUCGUGUAACGUUGUCAUCAAGGGCGACUUUGAGACCGUCAAGAUCUGCGACGUUGGCGUCUCCCUGCAGCUGGACGAGAACAUGUGUGUGUCCGACCCGAAGGCGGAGUACAUCGGCACAGAGCCGUGGAAACCAAAGGAAGCUCUGUGUGGAGAUGAAGUUGGAGAUGGAGAGAUCACUGACAAGGCGGACAUCUUCGCCUACGGACUGACUCUGUGGGAGAUGAUGACGCUGGCCAUGCCUCAUCUGGAGAUGCUGGGGGAUGAUGACGAUGAGGAGGAGGAGGAUGCAGAUGAGUCGAUGGAGGAGAGCUUUGACGAGGACGCCUACUACGAGCGUUUGGGGACGCGGCCGCCGCUGGACGCCGCCGCUCUGGGCUCCUCGUACCGCAGGAUGGUGGAGCUGUUCGUCCUCUGCACAGAGGAGGAGCCCAAGAAGAGACCCUCAGCUGCUCAGAUCGUCCAGGCUUUAGAGAGCAACGCUCCGCUGGAUAAAACACCCAGUGAGGUGAUCGUUAUCGACUGAUUGACUGGUAAAAGACUUUUAGUCAGGGAUUUAUAUUUGUGACUGCAGAUUAGGACAACGUGACGGGAUUUACUAGUUAACAUGUAGAAAUAUGAUACUUGGAAUUAGCCACAAAAGCUCACAGUUCUCUGUACUGUCCCAUCUUUGUGUUUACAUUUCUAUGUUUUUCUAUGAAUUUUUCAUGUCUUUUGUCAAUGUAUAUCAACUUUUAUACUGUAAAUGUUUAAUUUCUCUGUACAUUUCAUGUGUUUCUGCACUUCUGUAAACUUCUUUCUUGAUCAAA